AGUAAAGCGUGGAGCUGUGGAGCUCUGUAACACUCUGCUCUAUGGCUGGGAGAAAACCCUGAACUUCCACAUAGCACGCCAUAGACACCUCAGGAAUAGACACCAAAACCAUUUGUUUCGGCAGAGCUGCAAUAGUGAAGUCGUGUCAUCGGUUUCCACUUCUUAUUCGACUACUUUUUGGUUUUCUUUUCUAGAGAUUGACACUGACCAGGGAAACAUGAGUGAGCGCUUUGAUUGCGACAACUGCAAAGAAUCCCUGUAUGGAAGGAAGUACAUCCAGGCGGAGGACAAUCCGUACUGUAUCCCCUGCUACGACAGCCUGUUUGCCAACACCUGCGAUGAAUGCAAGGAGCUGAUAGGCCAUGAUGCGAGGGAGCUGUUCUAUGAAGAUAGGCACUAUCAUGAGCACUGCUUCCGCUGUUUCCGCUGUGACCGCUCACUGGCUGAUGAGCCCUUCACCAGUCAGGACGAUGCUCUGCUUUGCAAUGACUGUUACUGCAACGAAUUCUCUUCCAAAUGUGUUGCCUGUGACAAGACUGUCAUGCCUGGUACGAGGAAGCUGGAGUAUGCUGGCAACACAUGGCACGAGGGCUGUUUCAUUUGCAGCAGCUGUAACCAGCCUAUUGGCUCCAAGUCCUUUAUCCCAGAUAAGGAUGAUCACUACUGUGUGCCCUGCUAUGAAAACAAGUUUGCUCCUCGCUGCACUCGAUGCAAACAGGUCUUGGCCAAAGGGGGUGUGACCUAUCGUGAUGAGCCAUGGCAUAAGGAGUGCUUUUUGUGUGCAGGCUGUAAAGUGCAGCUAGCUGGCCAGCACUUCACCUCCAGAGACGACCGCCCCUACUGCCUUAAGUGUUUUGGAAACCUCUAUGCUAAGAAGUGUGAGGCCUGUAGCAAACCAAUCACAGGUUUUGGUGGAGGGAAGUACAUUUCAUUUGAGGAGCGACAGUGGCACCAGUCCUGCUUCACCUGCACCCGGUGUUCUGUGUCACUUGUAGGAGCUGGUUUCUUUCCUGAGAGGGAUGAGAUCCUGUGCCGUGAAUGCAACAGCAAUCUAUAGAGCCUUUAGUUACACUCCACUAUCUGUUCUGCCAAUUACACAUGCACACAUGCGUAUACACACACACACACACACACAUGCACGUCUCCAUGCUUACAGACUCAGAGUCCAUGGAGUUUUCACAAAUACUGAUUAACUCAGCAAAAGCUGUGGUAGUUAUGAUAUCCCCAUUUGAUAUUCAGUCAGGGUGGUUUUCUUAGCACACACAAAACCUUUUGGCAGAUGGUUCAACCUGUUUUUUGUUUUUCUUAUAAGGUAAAGAUAAGUUUGUCUAAGAAUUUCCUUGUUUGCAAAAGUGAGUGCAAGCUUAUGCUUGUUAGAAAUCAGUCUGUUCAGAAUUGUGCCUUACUAGUUAGCAUUGCUCACCCUGUGUGCUUUUACUUUAUACAACUUUAUGCCAUCAUUGUCGGAUUUUUUUGACCCCAAAGCAGAGAACACAGGCUCAGCUCAGAGUGCUACAUGUCUCACUUUAUAUUCAUCAAACUGCAGAUUCCUCAGCUGCACUGCUUACUUUGUUGGGAUGGAAAGCAGUCCAUCAUUUUUUCCAUUCAGCAACAGUAGUGCUUAAGCAAUACUUUAGAUAAACCACCAGAGCUCUCUCAUCUCAGGACUACAAACAGGAGUGUGUCAUACAGUAAUUAGUACAGACAUAAUUCAUCCACUCUUUUUUGUCCUGGUUCAGUAGAACUACUCCCUAACUGUUCAGAGCGAGUUGAUAAUGAGUAGUUAAAGUAUAUGAUUACAACCUAUAAACCACCUCCGACAGAUUUUCUAUAAACAUCAAAGUGCUCUGUCCCGCUACCAUUGUUCAUUUCUCAAAGAAGACUGAAUUUUGUUCUAUUGGACAAAUUAUUAUAUGAAUUAUUGGCCACAAGAACAUACUUGGCAAGACAUUGUAUCUGAAAGUUCUGAUCCAAGUCUGUUAAACUUGAUAAAAAUGUUGGCGUGACUAUUUGAGGUCUGUAGUAUUUAAGCACUUUUGAUGUUUAUUCAUCUGAUUUGUUCCUAAGCAUAUUGUAUGUGAUAAUUCAUUAAUGGGUUAUUUCAAAUAAAUGGAUGGAUGUAUAUCACACUAAAAAGUGACUUUUACAAAAAAAUGUUGGCAAUGAUGUGUUUUAUAGAAAACAUUCAUGCAUUUGCACUAUGGCUUGAAUUAAGCAUAUCUUGUGCACAGACAAUAAUAAGUGAAAAAACACAGCAUGUAUACACUGCAUAUAAAUAGAAUACAAACCACUGCCUGUUUGCUAUUUCUCAAUUCUUUGUAUAAUCUUUGUUCUACUAUACACAUGCGCAAAACAUCCCUCUUUUCCUUUAAUCUUUUAAAUGUUUGUGAUUUUUUUAAUUAUUCUCUUUAAAUUCACGUUUGUUGAAAGAAUGACUGGGCAAGUCCCAUGAAAAUGUAUGUUGCAAUAUGAAUAUGUCAGCAGAAUGGUAUGCAUGCUGUUCUUUUUUUUUCCUUUCUAGUCUUUAUCGUUUAUUGCUUUGUUACUGAAGAUAAUAUUCCUGAUUUCGCCACAAAAUAUGUCUAAAUGUAUGUAUUCACUUUGAGCUUUGAUGCUGGCUAGUCAGAGUUAGCUAAUGCUUUUUUUAUUGUUUAUAGAAAUAUGUAAUAUUGACGCUUAGAUUGGGAAAAAUGUUUUUUAAAAAAAGAGUCAGUCUGAUCUAAAUGUUGAUGUUAUUUGUUAAUAAAUAUUUUAUAAAUUAA